UCUCUCUCUCUCUCUCUCUCUGAGCGCUGUAGCAGCUAACAGUCGGUCACUUCUUGAUGUUUUUCUCCGCCUGGACAUUUCCAUGGUAACUGUGCUGUCUGAGGCUUGAUCAUCAGCGAGGAGAAGAACCGAGUGUGAGAAUGGAGCCGGAUGAGAAAAACCCAGACUCUAAAUACGGGGAGUCCAGAAAGUUUGAUCCCAAUUUCAAAGGGCCAAUCCAGAACAGGGGUUGCACGGACAUCCUCUGCUGUUUGCUCUUCAUCCUCUUCCUGUUUGGUUACUUCGCUGUUGGUAUCCUCGCCUGGUCUCAGGGUGACCCCAGGAAAGUGAUUUAUCCCACAGACAGCAGAGGGCAGUUCUGUGGGCAGGCCGGGACCGCACUGGAGAAGAAACCUUUUCUGUUUUACUUCAACAUCCUGAAAUGUGCCAGCCCCCUGGUGCUCCUGGAGCUCCAGUGUCCCACCCCUCAGAUAUGUGUGGAAAAGUGUCCUGACAGGCACUUGAAUUUGGUGAAGGCUAAGCUAGGCAGCAACGAAGACCGUGAAUACUACUCGAGAUACUGCAAAGAGGGAACUGACUUCACCGCACUGAGUCCUCCUGAGAUCCUGAGGGAUGCCCUGUGUCCUGCCAUGCUGUUGCCCAGCAAAGCUUUCACACGGCGCUGCCUGCCUGCCCUGGGAAAGCUGAGUGGCGGGGUGGUGGUUGUAGGCAACGAAACCUCAUUUUUCGAUGACAAUAACAACAGAGUCAACGCCACAGACCUGCUGGAGGCAUCAAAGAAGUCAAAUAUUGUUUUGGAAGCUCGUCAGGUGGCCAUGAGAAUCUUUGAAGAUUACACUCAGUCCUGGCACUGGAUACUACUCGGUCUGGUGAUCGCCAUGGUUGUCAGCUUGAUUUUCAUCGUCCUACUGCGAUUCUUGGCCGCCGUCAUGGUCUGGGUCAUUAUUAUUUUGGUCAUUCUUGUCAUUGGAUACGGGAUUUUCCACUGCUACAUAGAGUACGCUGCCCUGAAGGGAGAACCGGGCGCAGACGUCACCAUCCGUGACCUGGGCCUGCAGACAGACUUCUCUGUCUACCUGCAGAUCCAACAGACAUGGCUGGCCUUCAUGAUCAUCCUGGCGAUUGUCGAGUUCAUCAUCAUCCUGCUGCUCAUCUUCCUCAGGAAAAGAAUCCUGAUCGCCAUCGCUCUCAUCAAAGAGGCCAGCAGAGCUGUGGGCCAUAUUAUGUCGGCGAUGUUCUACCCGCUGCUGACCUUCGCCCUCCUGGCUGUGGUGAUCGCUUACUGGGCCGUCACUGCAGUAUUUCUGUCUACGUCGAAUGAGCAGAUCUACAAAGUGUACAACAAAUCCGAUUGCCCGUUCUCGAUGGACACCUGCGAUCCCAAGACAUUUAACACCUCCAAUGUUUCAGCCCAGUGCCCGGACGCAGAAUGCCUGUUUGCUUUUUACGGUGGUGAGACGCUGUACCACAGAUACCUCAUCCUGCUUCAGUUCUACAACGUCUUCCUCUUCUUCUGGUGUGCAAACUUUGUGACGGCGCUGGGCCAGGUGACGCUGUCGGGAGCUUUUGCUUCCUAUUACUGGGCCUUCAAGAAGCCAGAUGAUAUCCCUGCUUAUCCCAUCUUCUCCUCUCUCGGACGGGCUCUUAGAUACCACACAGGCUCCCUGGCUUUUGGCUCCCUGAUCCUGUCUUUGGUCCAGGUCAUCAGGGUCCUCCUGGAGUAUCUGGAUCACAAGUUGAAAGGUGCUCAGAAUAAGUUUGCUAAAUUUCUGCUGACCUGCAUGAGGUGCUGCUUCUGGUGUCUGGAGAAAUGUAUCAAAUUCCUGAACCGGAACGCCUACAUCAUGAUUGCAAUCUAUGGAAAAAAUUUCUGCGCUUCAGCUCGAAAUGCUUUCUUCCUUCUCAUGAGAAACAUUGUCAGGGUGGCGGUUUUAGAUAAAGUGACUGACUUCCUGCUGUUUCUUGGGAAGCUCCUUAUUGUUGGCAUUGUGGGGAUUUUCUCUUUCUUCUUCUUCUCUGGAAGAAUAAAAGCCGUAGAGGAGGCGGCUCCAUCUCUCAACUACUACUGGGUGCCAAUACUGACAGUAGUAGUGGGAGCCUAUCUGAUUGCCCACGGCUUCUUCAGCGUGUACGCCAUGUGUGUGGACACACUCUUCCUGUGUUUCUGCGAAGACUUGGAAAGGAACGACGGUUCGUCCGAGAGACCUUACUUCAUGAAUCCGGAGCUGCACGAGAUCCUCUCCAAGUCCAGGAAGGUGGAGGACGAGUGUGACGGCGUCGAGGUGGCGGACGCUGCCAAACAAGCGGACGAGGUAAAAGUGGAGGAGGAAACGCCCCUCCAGCAGCAGGACGGGGAAGUCCAGCUGAAACAGCAGACUGUGCUGAAGGAGGAAAACGAGGAAAAGCAGCCUCUGGAGUCCAGUACUGAGGAGGAGAAGAAGGAGAAAGCGGAGGAGGAACAAGUCAGUCAGGUGGAGGACACUGAGAAAAAAGAAGAGACAGCUGUGAAGGAAGCUGCAUCAAAGCAGGAAGUGAAAGCAGAGGAAAAGGCAGAGGAGCAGUUAGCUGCAGCUGGGGAAGCUGAGGAAGUGAAGAAAGUGGAAGAAAAAGAGCAACACAAAGAUGAUAAUCCUCCACCUGCACCACAGGAGUAGAUGCAGCAAAGCAAGAAGGCUCGCUAGACCUCAUAAAACAGAAAGAAUAGAAGUUACGUCCCUCAGCUGUGUGAUAUGGACCUGUUAAAUGUACAGCAUUCAAGCUAAAGUGUACGGCUUUGCUGAGAGAGCUGAUGUUCCACCUGGAGAAGGCCGGCCAGAGCGAAGGCCGAAGGAGGUCGAAAGCCCAGUGCAUCUCUGUAGCUUGAAGAAAACACACACACACACACAUUCCUUUGUUUUGGUUUUAGAACAGUGUUGGUUUUUCUAUCGUGAAGGUCUGUAACACAUAGUGCGUGCUGAACCCCGUGCCUGAUUACUGUCAGUGUUUGUCGUCUCAAUCCCAUUUGCCGGAAGCACCACAGAACCGGAACCAUGUUUACAGUCUGAGCAAACAUCUCAAUCAACGGUGAAUCGCUUUCACAGUUUACAGAAAUACCAGCUGAUGCCAAAACCUUUCACAUUAUUUGAUACGCUAUGAAUACUGGACCUUUUCUUUUUUUUUUUCUUGAUAGAAAAACUUGUAUAUAUGCACUGGUGCGUGUUUAUUAUGUAUCUUUUGGCUUCAGUCUUGUUGAGACUCUCACUAUGAUGGGACUCCAUAUAUUGUAUCGCCACCUAUUUGCCUUGGUAUUUUGGACUGGCGUUAAGUGCUGUGAUUGUCCGGCCAUGAUGCAAAAAUCAUGACCUCUCAGACUCUCCGUACCCCGACCCAACCUCCCAGUUGUUUACAGACCCCUCUUCUUGCCUUGCUCUGUCCCUUCCCUGAAUCUUUCUGUCUAUUAAGUGCUGCAUGAUAUUAACAUGGCCUUUUGAAUGCUCGCAACUAACAUCUUAGGUGUCUGAAAGCUUUUGUACUUCUUCUUCUUGUCUGUCAUGCUGUGAAAGCUGUAAGCUGAUAUUUUUAUCCCCCCACUGAAAUCACUGAUGACAUUCCAUAUUUAUUGGGUGUAAUUCCUGAUUGCAAAUACUCGUAUUUAAUAAUUGUAGUUCUGUUAUGGGUAAACAUGUGAAGGAUGAUUUGGGUAUAAUGGUUGGAAACAGGUGAGUUUUGGGAUCUGAGACAAAAAGGUGAGUUUCUUUGUCUAUAAAUGAAAUGAUUGACAAUUUUACAGAAGUCCAUUUAAUUGUUUAAUUGUCAUUUUUGAUUUGUGACUCCCUCCAACAGAAUACAAGGUGUAUACAUUCUGGACUUUGUGUGAUUGUAAUUUGUGAAAAAGUCUUUGAAAUCCCUGAAGAAACAUUUGAAAAUGGAGUGACUAAAUAAAUGAUUUGAAUCUAAA